AGUACUAGUUUCUGACCUGUUAUAUGAGUCAGUCAUUACCAUACUCUUUUUAUAUAUAAAAAUUCACAAAAAGAAGAACAACAUGUCACGGGACUGAAAAACUGUAUUAUUUGUCAUGUUCCACACCAUGUUUUGAAUUGUCUCUUAAUUGAAUUUUGUUUGUUUCAUCAUGUCACAAACAUAAACACACCACAUGUGACAUAAUCCCUUAUCUUUGUUGCUUUUAAAAGCAUUGCUGCGUUUUGUUUUCAUAACUUCAAGCUUUGUUGAUUUCUUCCUCUAAAUCAGUAACAUGGAUGUGAAUUUUAAGUCACUUUCCUUUGAAAAAUCAGAAGCUGAACCUGAAGUGGAAGAAAACAUGCACUUUCUUAAGUCUCUUCAGGAGUUAAGAGAAUUGAGGUCUCAGCUUCACUAUGCUGCAGAUUAUUGUGAAACAACAUUCAUGGAAAGUGAAAAGAAGAGAGAUGUGAUGGAUGACACAAAAGAAUACAUAUGCAGAGCUAUGGUUACUGUAGUUGAUCAUCUUGGGAAUGUUUCCUCUAAUCUUGAAGGUCUUAUUUCUCAUAAAAAUUCAUUUUCUGAUGCUGAGAUACGAAUUCAGUGCCUCACACAAAGACUUUUCACAUGUGACCAAUAUGCUGAUAAGGUUGCCCUAUCAAAUAUGCAAUGGAGGGAGAAAUUGCCAAGAUUACAUACCAGAUAUUUAUCAUCACCUCCUAUCCUUGAGAGAUCAAAGAGUGACAAAUUAAGUAAUUCUAAAAGUGAAGUUCCUUUAAAAAAAGAAGAUAAACAUAUACAGGGGGAUUUGCCACUUUACAUGUACACUCAGAAUCCAUGUACAACUAAGAAUUUGAAGCCAGCAACUGCAACAGUUAGCAAGCAUAACAAUUUAGCCUUUGUGAUGCCUGUUCGUGACGGUUUAUCAGUGUUAGCAAAAGUUUCGAAUCCUGCAUUUGAUUUCCAUGGUACUCCAAAGGUUACGCCGCGUCAUAGAAGAUCCUUGCAUGGAAGCGACAUCUUAUAUCUCAUUAAGCGCUCGAAACGAAAACAUUGAAUAAAUGGAGAACAUAAUUUCUUAUCAUUUUCAUGUGGAAGUUUAGUGUUAAUUACAUGAUUCAAGAAUCAAAUAUGAUUAAUAAAAUAUUUGUAUUUUGAAGCACUUUCAAACUAGUAGUUGUUUUUGUAGUUUUAGUAGGAAAUAUGAUGAUGAUUAUAACGAUGUAUAAAAACAUAAACCGUUGAACUUGCAACUUUUGAACUAAACAAAAUCAAGCUUGCAAAA